CAAUGAGUGCAAUUUUAUGAAUAUAAACUCGGGAAAUUUGGCCAAAAGCUAAGCGUGUAUCCAUCAAUAUUAUAUUACUUUCUUGGUUGCAACAAGCCACUAUGGAACUUGGCAACAGCGACAAGCGCAUUCACAUACCAGCCGAAACACUGUCCUUGAUAUUCUCUUAUCAAAGCCUAGAAGAUGUCAGAAUAGCGCGACUAGUAUGUACGACAUUCUAUUCUCUCGCGAGUUCGUACUUCCUCGAUACGGCUAUUGCAGGAUCCCAAACAGCAACGAUACAAAGAAUUGAAGCUAUUGCCAAACACGCUGUUUUGAGGACAACUGUCACAACUGUGGUAUACUCGGUAUGUUCACUAAGCGGUGAAUAUUCCACAGUCAGUGACUACUACAAAGAUAUGCGUAUGCGUCAUCGAUACUCGGGGAAACAACUUCCUACGAUUGAGCAGUGUGAGAGACAUUGGAUCGAAUAUCAAAGGAUAUACAAAGACCAAGUAGAACUUCAGAAGGGUCAGGAUAAAUUUCGAAUCCAGAAUGCUUUGCGCCACAUGCCGAAUGUCAAACAUUUAGUACUAUCAGGUACUGCAUGGAAACUGAGCUCUCAUCCUUUAAAUACGAUGUGGUGUCAACCGGACUAUACUAUCAUCGAACCUAAUACCGACCCAGACAACGGGCCCCAGCAGUUCUCUCACGGAUUCAACGUCAUGUCUUCUGCAUUGUUGUCCAGCAACAUAUGCCUAUCAUCACUUUCAUGUACAAAUCCGACAUAUACCAGCGACAGCUUCCGUUCAUCAUACUUCACUGAAAACUCACAAGGGCUGUUUCGCUCGUUGCGGAGGAUUGUCUUAUACCUCUCUGCGGAUUUCGACCAAACCCCUCUGUCUGACAAUAAAGUAGGACAGUGCAUCUCCGUUGCAAGCAAGCUGGAAGCCCUAGAACUUGUAUUCGAACCAGAGGGGCAGCGGCAGAUUAUGUUUCCUCGGAUAUUACUCGCUACAUGGCCCGAACUCUAUCACCUCAAGUUGGAAAUCGAUAUUGACUACGGCGUAUUUACUGAUUUCUGCCAAAGACAUGGGAAUAGUUUACGCUCCUUGCACUUGGAGAAUGUUCACUUGUUUGGAGGGACUUGGGAGAUGCUAUUGCAGGUAAUGAAGGAUUGUCUGCAUCUCACCAAGGUCUGUCUUGGUACUCUUUCCGAAGAUCCUCAUCAAGAUAGACUAUGGGAACGACGAAAUGGACUUGAAGAACAAGACUGGCAACGCCUUUCAGAAGCUGAAGAGUAUCUGCUUUGUGGAGGCGAAAACCCUUUCAGAAAUAACACGUUUCAACUGGUGUCCCUUUAAGUUGGGAGAAGAAUUGGG